ACAAUCUAAAUUUAGAUAUUGUUAACCGGAAAUUCGUAAACGAUAGAUGAUAUGUCUGACUCAAGAAGGUCGGGAAAAAUGUCAAGAAUGGCUACUGGCUCUGGAAAGGAAUCAUCUGCAAUGUCUUCAAAUUCAGAAAUGGAGAGUUCAGUUGAUAAUGACUGGAGGGAAUCUAGAACGGUUGCGCAAUGUGUGUCAUAUCUUUGCUUCUCAGAACAUCUUUCUGACAUCAGCUUUACCUUCAGCGAAGAUAAAAGUGUGAAACUUCCAGCACAUAAAUUUGUACUGAGCAUGCGCAGUGAUGUUUUUGAAGCUAUGUUUUAUGGUUCUCUUGCAGAGGGAGAUGAAACGGUGCUAAUAAAAGAUGUGAAACCUGACGUAAUGAAGACGAUUUUAAGAUUUGUCUACACCGACAAGCCAGAGAUUGACGGAAAUAAUGUCUUACCUUGUUUGUAUGCAGCAAAAAAGUACAACUUGUCUGGUCUUGUCAGACAAUGUUCCGACUUUCUUCAAAACAACAUUGAUGAGAACAAUGUUUGUCAGAUAAUCGAGCAUGCCAUCUUUUAUCAGAUGAACCCUCUACAAGAGAGAUGUCUUUCAUUCAUCAUGGAUAAUGCAUCCAUGGUCCUUUUUUAUAAUUAUAAAUAA